CCUGUGGCCGCCAUGGUAGAAAAACAAGCACCUGAAGAGAAUAUUAAUAAUAUUUAUACCAUUCCACACACUAAUCGCUUUGUCGGGUCGAAUAAUUUUCAAUCAUUUUGGGGGCCAAAAUUAUGUCAUCGUCUCCGCCUAAGCCGGAAGUUGGGGUGGCGGUUUUCCUGCUGAAGGGGGGCAGAGUCCUCCUGGGCCGCCGCCGCACCGCCGUCGGCUGCGGCACGUUCGCCCUUCCCGGCGGCCACCUCGAGUUCGGUGAAAGUUUCGAGGAUUGCGCAGUUAGGGAAGUGAAGGAGGAAACCGGGCUCGACAUUACGGAAAUUGAGGUUAUGACAGUUACUAACAAUGUUUUGUCCGAACCUAAACCAUUACAGGUAAUAGCUAUUCUCAUGCGUGCAAAGUUGGCAGACCCCAAUCAAACGGCCCUUAAUCUUGAGCCUGAUAAAUGCGACGGUUGGGAUUGGUAUGAUUGGGACAAUCUUCCGAGCCCGUUGUUUGGACCACUGAAAACUGCUGUUGUUAAUGGUCUGAAUCCUUUCGUACUCAGUUAGAGCUGUGAAUUUAAUUUGUGUUUAUCUUUCUGCCUCUGGCUUCUUCUGGUCAGUUUAUGAUGAUUGUUUCCAAAUUCAAACUUUAUCAGUUAUUAAUAUUUCAAUUAUAGUUAGCUUCUUGUGUGUAGUAUGUGUACUAUCUCAGAUUUCUAAAAACGGUUUCUGGUAGUAAAGGUAAUCGUGUCAUUCCACGUGGCAAAAUAUAUUGUCAUAUAUUAGUUGAUUUUUUACU